AUGGGUUUGCUUGUACGACCAAAUCAAGUUGUAGUAGGUGAACGUUUAAAUGAUAGACUACUAGAAGGUAGAAUUAUAUUAGAACCUAAAUCUGUAGAAAUCACAUUAAUUCCUCUUAGAUUAGUUUUUAAACAAAUUUUAGAACAUUCAAACUUUUUAGAUGUAAUGUUGGAUAACUUAAAAUGUUUAAAAGAAAAUGUUGACCCACAUAUAAUUUAUAGUUUUACCCAAUCAAAACUUUGGAAAGAUAAAAUCUAUGGCCGUGAAAAUAAAAUUAUUAUACCUCUAUUUUUGUAUUAUGAUGAUUUUCAAGUAAAUAAUCCAUUGGGAAGUCAUGCAGGUUCACAAAAAUUAGGUGCUGUUUAUAUAUCUUUUGGUUGUCUUCCACCGGAACUUUCUUCUUUAAUAGAUAAUAUUUUUCUUGCCUCUCUUUUUAAAACUGAUGAUUUGAAUACUUUUGGUAAUAAAAUAAUAUUUAAAGAUCUCAUUGAAGAAUUAAAAUUCUUGGAAAUUUCAGGGAUAGAUUUAACUGUUAAUAACAAAAACUAUAAAAUAUAUUUUUCUUUAGGUCUUAUUAUUGGUGAUAAUUUAGGUUUGCAUACAAUUUUAGGCUUUGUUCAAAGUUUUGUGGCAUGUUAUCCCUGCAGAUUUUGCAAAACAUAUAGAAAUGUGUGUCAUACACAAAUAGUACAAGAUGAUAAUAAUUUAAGAAAUACAACUAAUUACUCUACUGAUGUAUUAACCAAUAAUGUUUCCAUCACUGGGGUAAAUGAACUUUGUGUUUGGAAUCAAAUAGAUUCAUUUAGUGUAACAAGUAAUUACAGCGUAGAUAUCAUGCAUGAUUUACUAGAAGGAGUAUGCAUGUAUGAUUUAGGGUUUAUAUUAAAAGAAAUGGUUUUCAAUUUAAAAUAUUUCACCAUUGAAACAUUAAACAACAAAAUUGAGUCAUUUAAUUAUGGUCCAAUAGAUAUUAGAAAUAGACCCCCUCUAAUAUCUAAUGAAAAUCUUAAACAUGGACAUUUAAAAAUGUCAGCUUCAGAAAUGUUAUGUUUCACUAAAUAUUUGGGGUUGAUUAUUGGAGAUAUAGUUCCUGAACACUCUGAAUUGUGGCUAUUAUAUAUUAUAUUAAAAAAAAUUCUUGAUCUAUUGCUAUGUAAAUGGGUUAAGAAAGAAGACAUACUGUUACUCAAAACUCUCAUUACAGAACACCAUGAGUUAUAUUUACGAUUAUCUCAUUCUAAUUUAAAACCAAAGCAUCACCACAUGAUUCAUUACCCACUAAUAAUUUCACAAUCAGGGCCAUUAUCACAGUUUUGGUGUAUGAGAUUUGAGGCAAAACAUAAGGAGUUGAAAGAAACAGCUCAUUCUAUAACUUCUCGAAAAAAUAUAACUUUAACUUUAGCUCUGAAACAACAACUCCAGUUAUCUUAUCGACUUUUAACAACAACUAAAAAUGUAUACUCAUCUAAUAUAGAUUUAGGACCUAUCAUAACAUUACCUCAAGAAACAAUAACCUUAUAUAAUAAUACAAUUACAUUCAUGUCUACUCAGUUUGAUUUUUAUAAAGACAAUAUAAUUUUUCUUUCAUGGAUUCGUUUGAAAGGGAUUUUAUAUAACACUAAAAAUAUGUCAAUAAUUCUGUGUCUAUCUCAAGAACACAACAUGUUACCAACAUUUGGAAAAAUUGAGUCUUUAUUUGUUAAGGUCGGCGGCUGUGCCGAAGGCAAAUAA